AAUACAUUUCUGGAAACCAGCGAGCGUAGGUAUUAAACGUUUGGCGCGGUGUGUGAAGAUUCAGUUGCUAGAAUAAGUCGCAGUGUUAACACGUUCGUACUUUAACAAAACGACACAAUGGAAGGUAGUGGUCAGUUUAUCGUAGAUGGACAGCACGUUGCAGCAGAAUUUACAUCUGAUCAUUUAAUCUGGACUGACACAAGUAGCAAAAAAGAAGUUUGGGUGGAGACAGACAACAUCAUAUGCUGUACGACAACAACCGAAGAAACGGGGUUUGAGGUGGUCUACGCCGCAAAGUCUAAGAAAAAUGAUUCUAAACUAAGGGAAGGAAGGAUUGUUUUCUCUGGUCCAGCUGACAAGGUUCGGAUAUUUUCCAGGAUUAUCCAGGGAUAUCUUGCAGAAAACAAGCGGCCUCGGAGAUUGUUAAUCCUGAUAAACCCAGAGAGUGGGAAAAAGCGUGGUUACAAAGACUACGUGAACAAGGUUCAGCCUAUCUUAGAGCGAUGCGGGAUACAGGCCGAAGCUGUAGUAACGACUGGGAAAGGCCAGCCGACAGAGAUUCUCGGGGACUACGACCUUGAUAGUAUUGACGGAUUGGUGGCAAUGGGUGGAGACGGGUUCUACUGUGAAUGUCUGAACGGAUUGAUUGUCAGGAGGCAGACAGACGCUGGGGUUGACUUCAAUGACAGCACCGCAGAGUUGAGUGCUCCUACUAUUCCAAUCGGGAUUCUCCCGGCAGGAACUGGGGAUUAUGUGGUACAGUACUUACAUGGAACCAGAUGUCUUGUCACGGCAGUCCUGAGGAUUCUAAUGGGCAAAUCGGUUAACACGAAUUCGGCGAGUAUUCACGAAGAUAAUCGAUGUUUGGCUCAUUCCGGCCUCGUUCUGGGGUUCGGUCUGUUCGGAGACAUGAUGCACAACUGCGAGAAGUACCGCUGGAUGGGGUCCAAUAGAUACAACAUUGUCCCCAUUGCCUCUCUUCUCAGAAGAAGAACAGUGGACGUUGAAAUUGAGUAUCUUCCCGCCAAGUCUUCAGCCUCGACAUCAAGUCCUUCGUCACGAGAUUUCAAGCGUCAAAUUUCAUUACCAGUUGGAAAUUACAAAGUGUCGAUGGCGCCUCGCCUUCGAAGACAAUCGUCCGUACCAGAUAUUCUAAUAAACAUAACUAAUGGAUGGCAGAAGACGACCGGUCGCGUUUACGCUGUAGAUACUCAUCCUAUCGUCAUGGCAGCCAAAGAUGGACGCAUGCGCCCUUGCUUCGGUGCUGAAAAUUUAACAAUGACUGUCACGGACAAGUGCAGCUUAUCUAAGCACGUGCAGCAGCUUUCAUUGGUCAACGACGAAAAGCCAGACUGUUACAACUUUGAUUUCGUCCGUCAGAUGAAUGUUGAUGCCUUCAAAGUUCGUCUGUCCUCCAGCACGCCUCUUCGAAUAACCAAAACAGGAAGAAAAGAAUUAGAUAAGAAUUUCUUCAUCAAUUGUGACGGCGAGGCGAUCCGGCUAACCACUCCACAGUUUGAAGUUAGGUUCCAUAGAAACAUUGUGAGCCUUUUCGGAACACCUUCAACAUGAAUGACCAACAGACCUGGGUGAACAACCUUUGGAAAGUUGGAAACAAGUGCCUUGUCACUUAUCUUGGAUGCCAUUAGCGUCCGGUUCUACCUUCUUGUCGGUCACUGGUUGCGGCCUGAGGAAGAAACCGUACUAUCCGGACCAAUGAACAAUGGCUACAUCGAAAGACACGAUGUAUACGUCAGAAAGGUCAUAGGCAAUUUCUGGUCAAGCGGCUUUCGAGACAAGCUUGCAUUGCGUUAGCAGUUAGCAAUCAAAACACAUAUACAAGUAUUACGAUUAAAGGUGCCUGGAUAAGCAUGUUAAACGUGCUAUCCGGGUGUACGUCGUGCACCUACCCGUAUUGGCAUUAUUUAUGUAAUGAGUUUUCGUUGUUGAUUUUAUUAAAAUAUUAAAA